GGUUUAAAGAGGCCGGCUGGUAUUCUUUCCCUAACGAUGAAGAGAAGAGAAGUAGAUACGAAGCGAAGGUCACACAUAGGCGACGUUGCAGGAAUUGAUUGGACUAAGGAAAACGGAUCGGUGUUCGUGUUGGUUCCCGCGUAAAUCCCCUCGUAACUCUUUUUCUCUCAGAAAGGGGGUUACAACUUACAAAUAAUAAUCAACGAUCCUCUAUCCUCUCUCUUCUCUCUCUCUCUCUCUACGUAAAAUCCUCCGAAUUUAACGGAAUUACAGGUAUGCCAUUUAGCGACCACCGGAAACACCGCCGGAGUCCGAAGGUGCUCCUGCUCCUGGUCCAGAAGGCCGAGGAAUCGGAGCAUGCGGAGGGCGGAUUCGACGGCGCGUCCUACUCCGGCGCCGUCUUCAAUCUCUCCACCACCAUAGUCGGCGCCGGGAUCAUGGCCCUCCCAGCCACGCUCAAGCAGCUGGGGACGAUUCCGGGGCUUGUCGUCAUCCUCCUUGCCUCAUUGCUCACCGAGAAGUCGAUUAGCAUUUUGCUCAGAUUCAGCAAGGCUUCCAAGUCCGCCUCCUACUCCGGCCUCGCCGGCGACACUUUCGGCGACUUUGGCCGCACGCUCUUGCAGGCCUGCAUCGUGGUUAACAAUGUCGGCACCAUGGUCGUCUACAUCAUCAUCAUUGGGGAUGUCCUAUCUGGGAUUUCGUUCAAUGGGGUGCACCAUUUGGGUGUAAUGGAAGAAUGGUUCGGUCAACAUUGGUGGACAACACGUCCUUCCUUGGUGCUUAUUAUCAGCCUUUUUAUUUUUGCUCCUCUCAUUUCAUUCAAACGUGUAGAUUCUUUGAGAUACACAUCAGCCUUGUCAGUCGCUUUAGCUGUUGCCUUUGUGGCAAUCACAGCCGGUGUAGUCAUUGUUAAGAUGAUAAAUGGUAGCAUUCAAAUGCCGCGCAUGCUGCCUAACAUUGUUAAUCAGGCAUCUUUCUGGAAACUUUUCACAGUUGUUCCUGUACUUGUCACUUCCUACAUAUGCCAUCACAACGUACAUCCUAUAGAGAAUGAACUUAAAGACCCCAGCCAGAUGAAAUCAAUAGUCCACACAUCAAUCACGUUAUGCACUUGUGUCUAUAUUGCAACUAGCUUUUUCGGAUUCCUUCUCUUUGGUGAUCAGACACUGGACGAUGUACUUGCUAACUUUGAUGGAGAUCUUAAGAUCCCUUACAGUUCAAUGAUUGAUGAUGUGGUGAGAGUGAGCUACGUAAUUCACUUGAUACUUGUGUUUCCUAUAGUCUUCUUUUCCCUCCGCCUCAACCUUGAUGGCCUUCUAUUCCCGCAUUCAAUUCCUAUUGCCUAUGACAACCGAAGAUUCUAUACUCUUACGGCAGUUCUCAUGUGUUUCAUAUUUUUGGGAGCAAAUUGCGUGCCAAGCAUCUGGGAUGCUUUUCAAUUUACUGGUGCCACAGCUACCGUCUCUGUUGGUUUCAUCUUUCCAGCUGCCAUUGCCCUUAAGGAUCCUCAUGGAAUUGCAACCAAGAAUGACAAGGUAAUGUCUUGGGUCAUGAUAGUUACCGCUGUGUUUUCAAGCACGGUAGCCAUCUGCAGCGACAUAUACAACAUUUUCUACAUUGGCGGUGGGAGUUGAAACGAGUUUUGGGUUGGGAAACAACGAAGGCACUUUCAACAUUUUCGAACAGCGCUCAACUAACGCCUAACCUAACCGUACGUUCCAACUACUUCAAAAUUCAAGUCAACUGAUGAAAGUAAGACAUGCAAUGCAUAUUUUAUUUAACUCUACAGUUGUGGAUUCCGAAGAAAUUUUGUUUAAGUUGUCAACACUAUUCUUUAAUCCGCAAUUUUCUAACCAAUCAAUCAGGAUUUGAGUUUCUUGAUAUGGUUAGUUAUGUCCUCUUCUUCUUAACAUAGCAAGACAAUUUUUUUUACAGAUACAAUGAAACCAGAUAACAAUACAUACACAGAUUGUAACCAUUUGUUUUGUGGAGAACAUUAAUAUACUCUGUAGUCUGUACUUCCUUUUGGUUGGGGAGGUUCUUUGAAUCAGCACAACCUUACUGACACUGAAAUAUGAACUGUACAUCUUUAUCUUUAUCACUGAGGGCUAAAGGUAUUGACU